AAAUUGUUUUACCGCAACUCCUCACUUUCUGUGUUGUUGGUGAGGACGGAAAUGUUUGCUGUCACUCGAAUUACCUUCUCUACGGUACCGGCCAUAGCAACGAUCGGCAGCAUGAUUCGAUUCGCAUCACAUCGCCAGUAGUCUCCAUCACAAUCGCAAAUUCUACCGUACAUCGUACCUGUAGGGUGUCAGCGGGUCUUGCUUGGGAAAGUGUCGUCGUGACCAGGCACGUCAGCGGGUCUUGGUUCGAGGAGGAGGGCGUCGUGACCAGGCACACCCGGUUGACAGAAACGAUCACAAGAGUCGCCUUUUCCCAAUUCGAUUCGACUCAUUUCUAACAACUUGCUCCAGUCUACCAGUAGAUAAAACUAAUGAAUCAAGUCCAACAAGGAGAUGCCCAAGCUUUGCGGUUGCAGCGCGUUUUCGUGGCCGCUGUGGCCAUUCCGGUUUUGUUGACGACGAUUCCCAUGUAUGGCAUCUCGUUUGCUCUUGCAGGUCCAGAGCACAUGUGGCAAUCAGCCACUCAAGUCUACUCAAGGGUUGCCACAGAGACAUACUUGUUUCGACACUUGAAGCGAAUGACGAGCAACGAUACCAGCGGUAACUCAAAAAUGACAGGGCUUUUCCGUUACUACUGGCUUCAUCCGUUCUUUGCCGGGUCGUCCAUCUUGACUUCGGGAGCUCUCUUGUACCACAUGAUGUCACAAACCCCAAACUCGGAUCAGAAGGAUUCCAUGACGACCACUCUGCUGUCAGUGACAAGCCAAACACCGUUGCUGCCGACGUUCAUCAAUGCAGUAGCCUGUUGUUCCAUGGCCUACUUUGGCGGUAAACUGGUGCCCACCAUGUACGGCAACGCUUCCAUGAGACGAUGGACUCGUGUUCAGCAGUACUUGGUGAUGAGUCUGAGCAUCCUCGGCUUGAUGUUGCGCCUGGUGGUGACGUCUUCGCUUUCGACGAGCCUCCUCGGAUUGGAGAUGCUAGUCUGCAGAAUUCAAGUUUUUGUAUGCGCCUGGAAUUUUACAUUGCUGGCUUGUGCUGGAAUCUUACAGCGGGUCUACGUCCUGAGCAUUCUUCCCUUUGUGAUGCAGUUCUACCAUGGGGGCAAUUACAAAGAACGAAUAUACAUUGAGGUCUUCUCGGAACAGGGCAAGUAUGCCACAAUGCUAAGCCUUUCGUUGGCUAUUCAUCUGUGCAACCGGACUUUGCAGGAAGUCUGAUGUCUGGAUUGAGUGACAGCGGCAAUGAAUGGUGAGAAAAGGGGAAUGACUGUUAGACCCGGUAUAGCUAGAGUGUAAUCAAUCUGUAACAUCAAUCACAAUGCUUCGUCGACCCAUGCAAGUAUAGAUAGAUUCUCCUUCCUUCUUGUCGACGCCGGACAGGAAUCAACGGCGAGGCGACAGAGAGCAACAGAAUGCUACAGUACUGGCAUGGAAGCGCUGUCGGUGCGGUUUGCGGGGCUGUUGAGCAGUUUCGAAGGCGACGCAAUUUGACCGUCAUUUGAUGAGCACCUCUACGGCUACGAAGUGAAAACGAAACGAACUGGGAUGGUUUCCAACUUUUCAACGAGCCAUUUGAA